GAACAGAUGUUUGCGUGACACAUUAGGGAGAACUGGUGCGUUUUCUGAUAGAAGACGUUUGCCUUUCAGCAGGGCAGGUUUGUUAGCUAGUGUUAACCAUACAAAACAAGCAUCCCGAACGACUGGGAGGAAUCUGGUUUAAAAUGGAUCCAUUUACAGAGAAACUUCUGGAGCGCACUCGUGCUCGGCGUGAGAACUUGCAGAAGAAGAUGGCGGACCGGCCCACGGGCGCCAAUCGCCCGAUGGCAAAGAGGAACCGAGAGCCACUGGCAGAGAACAACAGUCUGAUCAGCGAGACACCCGUCGAAAAGGUGCCCCCUUCCGCUAAACCUUCUCCCUCCAAGCGCCGCUGCUCAGAUGAGAAUGCCCUCAAAGUUCCCGAGGCUGAGAGCAAGCAGCCAGUGGUCUCCCACACACACACUCCUCCCUCCACAGAGCGCGUCGUCGACAGGAAGCCUCCCAGAGCCCCGGCCAGCGUGCACUUUGCCCUCUCCUCGUCUCUGGAGAGAGCUGCCCCCACCCCCGCUCCCGCCCCCACCCCACCCCCCUCAGAGCCCCUGGCCGUGACCCCCAAGCCUACCCCAGAGGUGGAGAAGAUGGCCGUGACCCCCAAGCCUGCCCCAGAGGUGGAGAGGAUGGCCGUGUCUCCCCCAGAAGAGGUCCCCCGAGGCAGGAACAUGGAGACGAAGCCCUCGGUACCCCCGCCGGAGAGGGAGGGCCCGACGGACAGCUCCGCCCCAACCGCCAACGCCAUGAGGUCUCGGCUGCAGAGGCUGGCUGCACAGAGACACAACUGGGACGCCGAGGGUCCCGCUGAUGCCGUUGUCACGGAGGCGUCCUGUCUCUCCCCCCAUAAGGCCCAGAGGUACGACAUGCCCCCUGACCCCGAGCCCCCAUCCUCGGGCAUGGGCAGGAAGGGUCGCUUUGCCAACCUUGCGGCCACCAUCGGGUCGUGGGAGGACGAUCUGAGCCAUGCGGCCGUCCGCAAAGACAAUGCACAAGGGGCACCAGCGAAGCCUGGCACUGCCUCCAGCGCUGCCCGCGCUCCCCCGCCCGCCAGCUCUGCCCCCAGAGCCUGCGCCCCCACACAGCAGACGCCCGCCGCCAGCCAGCACGCCCCAGGAGCACGCCAGCCCCCGCCGUAUUCUCCGGUGAAGUCCAGCCGCGUCGUGUUGCCGAGCGCCCAGCACACUGAGGUUCCCGAGCGCCGUCCUGCUCAGCAGACCUCCCGGGGUCUCCCUUCCCCCGUCUCCAGCCCCCAGAAGACUCCCCUCUCCAAACAGCCCAGUGGACCACCGUCCAGGGGACUCCUCCCAGCCAGCCCCCAGAAAAGCCUCUCGUCCCUGGGAGCCACAGCUCCGCAGAGCCCCCUAAAGACCCAGGGCUCCUCCAGGGACCUGGACUUGGGAAAAGGGGUUGUUGGUGCCAGCCCCCAAAAGCCCACCCAGUCCAGCAAGCCCUCUGCAGCUGCUUCUGCCCCGUCCCAGUCCCAGUCCAGGGAGAGGGGCGCCAGAGAUGCCCCCCCUGCACAGUCCAAGGGCGCUGCCGGAACACCAGGUGUGAAGUCCUUCCUGGAGCGCUUUGGGGAGAGGUGCCAGGAGCUGAACACCAAGAACUCCCCGUCUGCUGCCAAGGGUAGCCCCACUACCCCCACAGCCGCCUCCGCGGUCACCCCCAAAUCACGUCUGGUCCAGGAGAGACUGACCAAGAUCCAGGGCACCACCACCACGGCCGACCUCACUCAGAAGCAGAAGAUGGAGCGUGAGCUUGAACUGUCACAGAUUCGCAGUCGCUUCCAGAAGGGUAACUCCUCAGAGAACAAACAGGAGGUAGUGAAGGAGAAGGUUGACCCACAGGAGAGUGAAGUCAGUGAUGAGCCUCUGGCGCCCUCUGGUGGUGACUUGAGCAUAGCCGCUGAGACUAAAUCAGCAGAGAGGCACUUAAAGCCCCCUGCGACUCUAACUUCAAGCCCGCUGAAGAAAGUAGAUGUUUCAACUGAGAAGAAAUCAGAAGAGCUCAAGGAAGUUCAGAAAUAUGGUGCAGAGAGAAGUCGGGAUAUGAGAGUUGAGGAAGAGGAAGAGGUCGAGAAGGAGAUGAACGUGGAUGGCUCCAUCAACUCGGCGGUCAUUAACGACCUGUUUGAUGGAGUCUUGGGGGAAAGCAACGAGCUGAGCGGCGAUGAUGAUGACGAAGAGGAGGGUGGGCUCAACAUCUCGUCCAUGUCCCUGUUGACCCCAAUGGUGGAGACGGUGGCUGCAGUGGUCAAGAGCCCAGAGAGGAAACACAUGACGUCGACCCCCGCUAGCUCGUUCCUGGAGAAGAGCAGCACCCCGGAGAGCGCCUCCAGCAGGCCAAAUAGGUUCCAAAGGGCACGCAUGCUGAAGGCCGGUUCCGCUGACAGCCUGGAGAGUGCUGAUGGAGAACAGAACCUGCUCUACAGUAUUGAUGCGUACAGGUCGACUCGUGUGAAGACCGAGACAGAGAGGCAGCACGUGAAGCAGGUGAUCGUCAGGAAGGAGGAUGUAUCCCAGAGGGCCGAGCUGCAGCCCCGGGCCGCCAGUCACGUCAGCAUCAAGCAGAGGAUGAAGGACCUGACGAACGAGCUGAACAUGCAGCAGACUGUGAUCAGCCAGGCCAGCCAGGCUCUGAACUGCUGCACAGACGAGGAGCACGGCAAGGGCUCUCAGGUGGAGGCGGAGGCCGAGAGACUGCUGCUCAUCGCCACUGAGCGUCGCCUGGGACUGAAGGCGGAGUUGGAUCGUCUGAAGGCGGAGGGCCCCGGUGCGGAGCGUCGGGCCCCUGACGGGGCCGCUGCCUCCAAGGGCUCCAUCAGCCUGCUGGAGCUGCGUCUGCCCCUCAAAGCCGACUUCGUCUGCGCCGCAGCCAACAAACCCGAGUCGAGCAGCCAUUACUUCUUUGUGAUGAUCCGCUCUGGGGCAGAGAACACAGUGGCCACGCCCUUGGCAAGCACUCGCAGCGCCAUCAGUGGAGACGCCCUGACCUUCUCCACCAAGUUCACACUGCCUCAUGUGUCCAACGACUUUGAGAUUGACAUUGAAGUGUACUACCUGGUGCAGAAGAGGGAGCUCAACGCUGAGAAGAAGAAGAAGCCCACCAAGUCAAAGGCCAUCACUCCCAAACGCUUCCUAUCAAAGAGUAAUCUGCAGACUCCUGUGGUAGCCAGCCCUGGAGGACCUAACGCUGUGCGCACCAGUCACUUCAUCCUGGUGGGAUCACACAAGUUAACACUCGCUUCCAUCGGGAAGAAUAAGUUUCCUCUAGAAAAGAUCAAAUAUGAAGGGAAUGAGAGAGACCUUCUCAGUGACAUGUUUCAGAGAAAGGUGCCGUUCCUGUGUCCGCUGGAAGGGCACAUCUACCUGAAGAUGCAGUGUGAGGUGGGCUCCCGUGUAGAGGAGAGAGGCUUCCUGACGAUGUUUGAGGACGUGAGUGGUUUCGGGUCGUGGCACAGAAGAUGGUGUGUGCUCUCCGGAUACUGCAUCUCCUACUGGACAUACCCCGACGAUGAGAAACGCAAGAACCCGAUGGGGCGGAUCAAUCUUGCAAACUGCACCAGCCACAAGGUGGAGCCAGCGAACCGCGAGUUCUGCGCGAGACCCAACACAUUUGAGCUGAUCACGGUGCGACCCCAGAGAGAAGACGACCGGGAGACGCUGGUCAGCCAGUGCCACAACACCAUGUGUGUCACCAAGAAUUGGCUGAGUGCUGACACUAAAGACGAGAGGAACCUGUGGAUGCAGAAGCUGAACCAGAUUCUGGUGGAUCUGCGCACAUGGCAGCCAGACUCCUGCUACAGGCCUAUUUAAGCACGCCCCCUGGUGGCUGGGAGGUGGUCUGAUGCCAUCCCAGCCCCGUGACCAACUUCAGGGACAGUCAGGGGAGACGUGCAAUACAAGCAUGAACCAAUAAUAAGGAACUUGGUGGUGUGUUUCAGAGAGGAUCUGUGUUUCAAUAAAGGACAAUGAGAAGAGAAGUCAGUUAAGCCAUACUUACUGCCCUGAUCUGUACAGGCAUUCCAAUAGGACGGAGGGCUGGAGAGGGCCCUCCCAUUGUGCUCCUAAUCAGUCUAGAGAACAGAGCACUGUUCUCUAAUCCCCCUUACCUUUGAAUUCAUCAUAGGGCAGUGUGCUCUGUGUUUGUUUUAUGUGCCAUCCCUUUUAUUUGGAUUGAUCAAAUAUUCAUCCUGGCUUAUUGAUUGAGUCUGGCAAUGUCGUUUCAGGGUUCAACACCCCCCUGUUUUCUGAAAAUAUAUAAAUGUUAGACAUUAUUAGUUUUCUGUAGCAUGUGCUAUAGAACACAGUGCUAAUAUACGAUUGUUGAGCUUAAUCCUCAUGAUUUACUUUUAACACGCAACUUUUGUUUUUUACGUUUUUAUCAACUUUGGCAGAAUACAUAUAAAACUACAAUUUGUUGUAUAAUGAGACUGUAUUUAUCAUGUAAUGCACCAUUAGAACAUUCAGAGCUGAUAUUUUUACUACUUCUACUACCACCAGCAAGACACUUUAUGUGUUUAUUUUUUUUAUGUACAUGUUUGUUUGUGUGAAUGUGUGUGUGUGUGUGCGCGCUAGGAAUUCCUAGAUUCAAAUGGUUAAUGCUUGUUACUAUCAGUCAGAGCUCCGAAUCUAAACUGAAUAUAUAUGCUACAUGCUGUUUUAACCUCCAUAGUUUAAGGAGCAGGGCUGGGUCUCUUGGGUUUGGUGUGAGAUUACCCUUUAAGCGUUUACACUAAUGCGUGCAAAGUGCACUUUGCUUUGCAGCCACGUCCUUAACCUAUAUCAAUGAGCAUGUGUGUGAAUAUUUUUUAAAGAAUGUUUUACGCUGUCACGCAUUUCUUCCAUCGCAGCGCAGUGGCUAAGAGGGGAGCUGGCUUAAGACCAGAUUGCGUCCUGAAUCUGUUUGGAGGUCUGCUUCUGUCGGGGAGGGAUAUGACUUCACCAGUACAGCUCCGGGUUGCAUAUAAAACAUGCCUUAAACUUUGAUGUGGAAGCGCUCCUAAUCCAGGAUGAUGUUACUUGUCUGGAGAAAUGGAACUAAUAAAUACCAACUUUGCCCAACGUA